GUAUGAUCUGGUGUGACCGAGUUCAUGACCGAUUACGCAGGCUGGGACAAGAAUAAUUGUCGUACCAUUGUCUAUAAGGUAAUUUACGUGGAUGGCUCUGAAGACUCGGCGGUCAAGUCUGGCCAACUGCGCGUUCCCGAAUGGUAUCACUCGGUCAAGGGCCGGUACCCGGGAAGAUCAAUCUGAUAUUCGUUCCACGUGAAAUCAAAGCAUUCUACUGGCAAUAUAAGAAGCUAAAGCAUAAUGCCCUCGCUACCUAUUAUUCCACUCAUUCACGACCUCUUUUCACCAUGGCUUGUCCUAAUACUGUUACGACUAAGAAUCUGUCAGGAAAACUCAGACUCAAUAAAACGCUGAGCGAUGACAUCGACGAGACCCUGAAACUUCAGGGCGUUGGCUACAUAAAACGUACCGCUAUCGCCAACUUCACCCUUACACUGGAACCCACUCAAUUCACGGACGAUGACGGCGUAGAGCACAUUGAUGUCAAACAGACACUGUCAGGAGGCUUCAAAGCUCCUGCAGACGGUCUACUUUUGAAUGGCGAGGAGAUUUCUAAGAACGAUGACCUCUUUGGACAUUUGAUCGCCAAAAGUUGGCGGGCAAAGGUUGACGAUCUUGAGAUCGAUUUCUUGAAGGAAGGUUGGUCGGAGGAUACUCUUGAGGAUGGCCUCAUCGCCGGUAUCGUGAAAAGUGACACCGCCAAGUCCGGGAGGGACUGGAUCAUAAACGUGGUUUGGGGUUUCGCCGUCCUCGAAGGUGUCAGGAGAUUUGCCCGACGCUUCAGAUUCACCACAAAGGAUAGGUCUGGACCUAUCGACGUCAAAUUGUACUACGACUAUCUGGAGUGAGUCUUUACGAGAACAAAUCAAACUGUGCCACAUAUACAAUGUGUAUAAUGAAUGUAUGAUUGAGCUGACAUGCGCAUCUGUCUGAGUUAUCUGUGUUUUUGCGAUGAGCAGUUAAUGGAGGUCGACGAAAUUAUGAGCAUAUUAAUUCAGCAGCUUGGGACAAGUCUUUUCUUCAUGUAAAGCCUGAGCGGCACGCGAUAAAGGUAUUUGGGAGUCAAGUUGGGGUCACGUGGCAACUAUAAGUAGUAGGCAACCGUAAGCAUGGACCAAGUUGUCCAGCCCAAUCAACCAGGUUCAACCGCCAACCGUUCUCCAUAACGUCCACCACUACCU